UGUCAUAAUUACCUGUCUGCAAUUCAUCCAGAUUUCCAUUAAUCCUUAAAUUAUAUGAUUAAUGAGUCUGAGGAUUUAUCAUUAUUCUUUGCUCUUGUAGAAAGCUUUUAUCCAGUGACUGAGUUAACAAUUGUUGACAUGUUGCGUUAUUCCCUUGAGCAUGCUGAAAAAAACCUUCCUCGCAAGGACUGGCUAGCUGAAAAGGUUCGUGGAGUUAAAGUAUCUCUAUUGACAUGCAUAUAUCUUUUUAUAAUCCUUGGAAUUGUCAUUAUAUCAAUCAAGAUGCAAUACAAGCGCAUUCGCCAUGAGCCAAGAUCGAAAGUUCAGAUAAAUUGGCAUGCUAUCAGGCAUUUGUGGUUGGACUUGGACUAGAAUUAAAGUUGGUUUCCUUUAUGGUCUAAUGCAUGUUUGUGUAUAUAAUGGCUUUUAGACAAACAUAAAAUCAUAACAUCAUGUCAUGGUUGGCUUGGCAAAUUUAUCCUCUGUAACAUUGGAAUAUUUGAUUGAAUAAAUGUUGAUUUACUGGUAGUUUGUUCA